AACCUUGAUGUUACUAUGUUUCGCAAGUUGUCAAAAUGCUGCUACUGCUUAGAGAAGAUCAGUGGCUUCUCUUUUGUGUGCGCCGAAUGUACAGUGAUUAAGAUAUGUGUGAAAGUAUAUUUCUGAGUAUAUUAUUUUACCUUUAUGAUAGUGUUUUGCAUGUGGGGUUGAGGGUGGGAAACAUAAAAAAAUUCACAAAUAUAUUAUAAAGCGUUCUGAAGAUUAUUAUCUCACUGAUAAUCAUUGGUUGCUUUCAGAAGAAUUAAAACUAUUAGACGCUUUGGAUACUUAUGGUUAUGGUAACUGGGAUGAAAUAUCCGCUCAACUAGAGUCACAUAACUCCACAGACUGUCGAGAUCAUUAUGACAAGUUUUACAUGUCAGGAAUCAUGAAAGAACUUAUGUGUUCACCUUUCCCGUUUCCUCUUGUUAAAGAACACACUUACCCAAACAAACUUUUCGAUUCUGAAGCUGGAAACAAUCUCCCAUGUUAUUUGCGAUUAGAUCAUCAGAAGUCACUUGGAUACUUGCCAUAUAGAGAUGAAUUCGAAAUUGAAUAUAUAAAUUCAGCCGAAGAAGUUUUAAAUUCUGUUUAUACGACAUCUAAUUGCGAUGAACUCGACAAAGCUUUCUAUUUAGCAUUGAUGGGUAUUUACAAUCAGUGUAUACAGGAGCGUCAUUUCCGUCAUCGUUUGGCACGUUCACACAAUCUAAUUACUCACCUUAUGCGUGACCUGAUCCGUAGCCAAUCAAAGCAGAAGUUAUCCAACUGUAUAUCCAAAUCUGGGGUAAUCAAAAGAGGAUGCUACGCCAAACGGUCGAGUCAUCUAAGUGUUUCUCGAAUCAAAAAGGUUAAUAGGAAAUUAUGUUACAGUGAUAGUUUCAGGGCACGAGAAACUGCAUAUUCCCCCAAACUAAAAAGUUGUGUUGAUCGGAUUAGUGAUUUUAAUUCUAAUGCUAUGAUAAGUGAACGUGUGGACGCCAAAGUUUUCGGUCAGUCCGUAGCUUUGACACAAAACCAUUUGAAUUGUUCAUAUGAAUCAAUACCGACGCCUAAUCUACAACAAUACUGCAUAUCCCACCAGGUUCUGGAAAAUAAUAAUGAGGAUUCCUCUACAGCCAAUUUAAAUAUCCCUGGAAUGAGUAAAAAAUUUGCUGUACCAAAUGUCACUAAAACAUUUCUUGUCCGUGGUGAUUCAUGGUUGACUGAGUCUUGUACCUCAUCAGAAAUCCUUGACUCCGGUAUUAGUUCUGCAGAAUCCUCUUCCAAUUCUACAACUUCGUGUGACCAGUUAAAUUCAAACCCCCUCAAAUCAACCAUUGAUUUGCAGCUAUCCAAUCAAACAGUUUCUGCUCGCCCUCGAUCUAAUUCCGAUUCCGCUUAUGAUACCGGUAUAUUGAGAUUAAAGACCAAAUAUCCUUGCUGGAAUGAUCAAACCUUGCCAUCAAAUAGAUUGACCAACAGUGCAUUUUCAGAGAUUGAUCCUGUGCAAAACGUAAUUGGAUGUUUUCUCCAAUCUGCAGAAGAAUUAAAGACUCCCUUGUUUGCACCUCGGAGACGGCGUCGGGGACAUCCACCCAGAAAAUUUAAAACGAUAUCAUGUUUAUCUCACAAUAAGAUUACUGGGCAACAAAAUAUACAAAAAUUCUUGAAGUGUAACAUAUCAAACUCAGAAAAUGUUAAUAUUGAAUCUUGUGGAGAAAUUCAGUAUCAUAAACUUGGGAAUGAGAUACUUCAGAUUGGUAUUUCAUCGAAUUCGGAUAUAUAUAAUUCUCUUAAAAGUCUUACAUGGCUCGCUGAAAAUGUAGAGACCCCAUUAACGGUCCCCGUACAUCGCCGUCGUGGACGUCCACCUCGUCAUCCUAGAAUACCAUCUUCUAUUUCUCAAAGUGUUUAUAGUGCUAAAAGUUGUGAAAAAACGUUUAUUACGCAUCCUCAGUGGCUGAAACCAUUCUUUCGUUAUCUUUCUACUUCAGAAGCAGAGACAUUCCUUAAAAAUUUAGAACGUGAACGCAUACUACGUAUUGAACUUAGUCAGCUGAUACAAGAUUACUGUAGAUUCUCCAUGAAAACAGUGACUGAUUGUGUAGUUCGUGAGGAUUCAUCUAUUCGUUUCGAUCUCUAUAAGAAUUCUUCAUCAUGUUCUUCCACCUCCACUUCUCCUCCGCUCCCGCCGCCGUCAACUCCAAUCUCCAAAAAGUCAUCAACUUCAUCUGUUCAUCACCAGCUGUCCAAUUUUGUGAAGUUACGGAAACUUAAACGAUCAUUUAGUAUAACUACUCGAAAACCGGUUCAUAAUUUUGCUUCGAAUAAAAGGAAUCAAUAUCGCAGUUUUGCACAUUAUAAUAAUCAUAAUCUUCGACGAAUUAAUUUCGCUAAUAGAAUUAAUAAAAAAAUUAGUUGUAAACGAACACGAACUGUUUUUAAUUAAUGUUCAAUAUUCUUCCUUAACAUUUUAAUUCUCAGGUUGCUUAUUUCAUUGUUUAUACAAUGUUCUUCUCGCUGUGUGACCUAAACAUAUGCAAACACAAUUUCAGUUCUAAUUGUUAAUUUUGGCUAGGACCUUCUUUAUUGUUAGCAAUAAAAUAAUAAUGAAUUGUACAUAUCAUUCUAUGUACAUUCUUAAUACUAGAACUAAUGAAUUCAUAAUUAAUAUGAUAAUUUGUGUCUUAUUCUGCUUCACACAAUUCGACUUUUAAAAGUGACACUGAAAAUAUUAUACGGUUUAUUCAAAUGAUUUUAAACCAAAUUUCGUUUACUGAUAAACCUACUCACAGUGAAACUAACAAUACUUAUUACUGUUAACCUAUACUCAUCUCAAUUUAUUAUUAAUAUUUGAUUGUCAUCAAAUUUAUUUUGUUUGGCUGUGUCCUUCCUUGUUAACGUUUUAAUAAUUGAACUCCUAGUGUAUUCGUAGGUGACUGUUUCUAUCAUUUUUAGAUGUUUUUUUUCAUUUGUUUUCCUGUUACUUCUUGGUUAGAUUGUUCCUUACGUCCACACGUUAAUUCCUUCGAGUAAAUCAACGAUCAAUUGCUCAACUUAACAUUGUUUAUAUUAUUAGGUUUUUAAUAGGUGUUCCAUUUGAAGGCAAAUCAGCGAUCCCUUCGAUUCCCAAAUCAAUUCAUUAAGUGUUAUAUAUAUGGUACAUUUAUCCUGUAUUACGUAAGGUGUUAUAAUACUAAUUUUUAUUCUGAAUGCGUUUAUGUAUGUGUAUCGUGUUUUCUGUAGUUAUGUUUCAAUAAUAUAUUUAUUAUGGUUGUU